AUGGGCACCGGGGGAGACGGGGACAAGCCGGGCCCGGCGCUGCCGCUGGAGGCGCUGCUGGCGCUCGGGCUCGACCAGCGCACCGCCGAGAACGCGCUCGUCAACAACAAGGUCACCGCCAACCUCGCCGCCGUCAUAGCCGAGGCUGGUAUAAAGGAAUGCGACAAGUCAGUUGGCAAUCUUCUAUAUGCAGUCGCCACCAAGUACCCAACUAAUGCACUUGUUCAUCGCCCUGUCCUUAUUAGCUAUAUCUUGUCAACGAAGAUAAAGAACCCUGCACAGCUAGAUGCUGCUCUGUCAUUUCUUACUAAUACUGGUCCUGAUUCUCUAGAUGUGGGCAAAUUUGAAGAAGCAUGUGGUGUAGGUGUGGUUGUUUCUAUUGAGGAAAUUAAAUCUACUGUUGCUGACGUUCUUGAGGAGAAUAUGGAAGCUAUAAAGGAGCAGCGGUAUCACAUAAAUGUUGGUAUGCUAUGCGGACUGGUUAGGAAGAGACACCCCUGGGGUGAUGCUAAGGCGAUAAAGGAGGAAAUUGACAAGAGGCUUGUAGAAAUCCUAGGUCCGAAAACUGAAGCUGACAAUAUAAAACCAGUGAAAAAGAAGAAGGAAAAACCAGCAAAAGUUGAGGAGAAAAAAGUUGCAGUUGCCACUGCUGCACCACCAACUGAGGAGGAAUUGAACCCAUAUACUAUAUUUCCCCAACCAGAGGAAAACUUUAAGGUUCAUACAGAAAUAUUUUACAGCGAUGGGAACAUAUGGAGAGCGCAUAACACAAAAGAAAUUUUAGAAAAACAUCUUAAGGCAACUGGAGGAAAAGUGAUGACCCGUUUUCCACCGGAACCUAAUGGAUAUCUUCAUAUUGGUCAUGCCAAGGCUAUGUUUAUUGAUUUUGGUCUGGCUAAGGAGCGAAAUGGCCAUUGCUACCUUAGGUUUGAUGACACAAAUCCGGAAGCUGAAAAGAAAGAAUACAUAGACCACAUUCAGGAAAUUGUCCAUUGGAUGGGAUGGGAGCCCUACAAAGUAACAUACACGAGUGACUAUUUCCAAGCUUUGUAUGAGCAUGCUGUUGAGUUAAUAUGGAAAGGGCUAGCCUAUGUGGAUCACCAGACCGCAGAAGAAAUCAAGGAGUACAGGGAAAAGAAGAUGAAUAGUCCAUGGAGGGAUAGGUCAAUUGAAGAGUCACUGAAACUAUUUGAAGACAUGAGGCGUGGGUUGAUUGUGGAGGGUGCAGCAACUCUCCGAAUGAAGCAGGACAUGCAGAAUGAGAACAAAAAUAUGUCUGAUUUAAUAGCAUAUAGAAUAAAAUUCACCCCUCAUCCACAUGCUGGUGACAAGUGGUGUAUCUAUCCGAGCUACGACUACGCUCAUUGCAUGGUGGAUUCUCUUGAAAACAUCACACAUUCGCUGUGCACACUUGAGUUUGACAUACGUCGCCCUUCAUACUACUGGCUACUUGUUGCCUUGGGCCUUUAUCAACCAUAUGUGUGGGAAUAUUCAAGGCUAAACAUAUCAAAUACUGUGAUGUCUAAAAGAAAGUUGAAUCGACUUGUGACAGAGAAGUGGGUAGAUGGGUGGGAUGAUCCCCGCUUGUUGACACUGGCAGGACUCCGGCGACGGGGAGUAUCAUCAACUGCAAUUAAUUCGUUUAUCCGUGGAAUCGGCAUAACGAGAAGUGACAAUAGCUUAAUUCGCGUUGAUCGUCUAGAAUACCACAUCAGGGAAGAGCUUAACAAAACAGCCCCUCGAAUCAUGGUUGUUUUGCGCCCUCUAAAGGUUGUAAUAACCAACUUGGAAGAAGGAAAAGUACUAGACCUUGAUGGGAAAAUGUGGCCUGAUGCUUCUGAUACUGAUGCUUCCUCCCACUAUAAGGUUCCGUUCUCAAGAACUGUCUACAUUGAGAAAACUGAUUUUCGCUUAAAGGACUCAAAAGACUACUAUGGGCUAGCCCCUGGCAAAUCUGUCAUGCUAAGGUAUGCGUUCCCCAUAAAAUGCACAGAUGUUAUCUAUGGUGAUAGUCCUGAUGAUGUGGUUGAAAUUCGAGCUGAAUACGAUCCUUUGAAGACUUCUAAACUUAAGGGUGUUCUGCACUGGGUUUCUGAGCCAGCACCUGGUGUCGAACCAUUGAAGGUGGAAGUAAGAUUAUUCGAGAAAUUGUUCAUGUCAGAGAAUCCUGCUGAAUUGGAGGAUUGGCUUGGUGAUCUUAACCCGCACUCCAAAGAGGUGAUAAAGGAUGCUUAUGCUGUACCAUCACUCGCCACUGCAGUUCUGGGUGACAAGUUCCAGUUUGAGCGGCUUGGCUACUUCGCCGUGGACACGGACUCCACACCCGAGAAGCUCGUGUUCAACAGAACUGUUACCCUCCGUGAUUCGUUCGGGAAAGCUGGACCAAAGUGA